CAUUGCUAAACCAACCCUUAACGUAAACAAAGAUUCCUAAACAAAACAAAAACGUAAACAAAGAAAAGCCCGCUGUCGCUAUUUCCUGGUGUCUGCAGCCCAUUCUCGCACGGAUUCUUGGAGUUCAAUUGGGUCCCAAUUCCAAGCUCUCCCUCACGAGCUCUCCGUAUCCUUGAUCACCGACCUCUGACCGCAGGUGAAUACCCUUCUGGUUUUUGGGUGUUUUGAAGUCAAUAGCAAAUGUUGUUGUGUUGGAAUUGGCAACGCUCAUUAUGCGGGUUAGCUAUCAGCUAGACAUAAGUUAGCACAGCCCAUGAAGUAUCAGGAUAUUAUCAGUUCUCUCUUAGCCUACUCAACUCCAUUAUGGGCAACGUUGCUGGCCGUCGUUUUUGUGGUUAUAACACUUGCCUUGUCAUUUUACCUUUUGUUCGAGCACCUUUCUGCAUACAAGAACCCUGAGGAGCAAAAGUUUUUAAUUGGAGUUAUCCUAAUGGUUCCUUGUUAUGCCGUAGAAUCGUUUGCGUCGCUGGUGAAUCCAUCAAUUAGUGUUGAUAUUGAGAUACUACGGGACUGCUAUGAAUCAUUUGCCAUGUAUUGCUUUGGAAGAUACCUUGUUGCUUGCUUGGGUGGGGAAGAAAGAACUAUAUAAUUUAUGGAAAGACAAGGACGUGUAAGUUCUAAGACUCUUUUGGAACAUUUUCAUGAGAAUUGAAUUGUAAAGCAUACUUUUCCAAUGAAUUAUAUCUUGAAACCUUGGAAGCUGGGUCAGUGGUUUUAUCAAGUUGUCAAGUUUGGAAUUGUUCAAUAUAUGCUAAUCAAGUCUUUGAGUGCAAUAUUAGCAGUAGUUCUUGAAGCCUUUGGUAUAUAUUGUGAAGGGAAUUUAAAGUGGGAUGUGGGUAAGUAUCCUUACAUGGCAGUGGUUCUAAACUUCAGCCAGUCAUGGGCUUUGUACUGUUUAGUUCAAUUUUACACUGCCACAAAGGAUGAACUGGCACACAUAAAGCCAUUAUACAAGUUCCUGACAUUUAAAUCUAUUGUGUUUUUGACUUGGUGGCAAGGAGUGGCAAUUGCUCUUCUCUACUCCCUUGGUUUAUUCAAAAGUCCAAUAGCUCAAGGCUUGCAAUUUAAGUCGAGUGUUCAGGACUUCAUCAUUUGUAUAGAGAUGGGCAUUGCUUCUAUUGUUCACCUGUAUGUGUUCCCUGCCAAGCCUUAUGAGCUGAUGGGUGACUGCUUUCCUGGAACUGUUUCAGUUCUUGGAGAUUAUGCAUCUGUUGAUUGCCCUCUAGAUCCAGAUGAGGUUAGAGAUAGUGAAAGACCCACGAAGUUACGCCUUCCUCCGCCUGACUUUGAUGUCAAGAGUGGAAUGAACAUCAAAGAAAGUGUUCGGGAUGUUGUUGUUGGUGGUGGUGGAUAUAUUGUGAAUGAUGUGAAGUUUACUGUUAACCAAGCAGUGGAGCCUGUGGAAAAGGGUAUUACAAAGUUCAAUGAGAAAUUGCAUAAGAUUUCUCAAAAUUUAAAGAGACAUGACAAGGAUAGGAGGAGAACAAAGGAUGACAGUUGCAUAUCUUCGCCCACACGGAAGGUGAUUCGUGGGAUAGAUGAUCCUCUCUUACAUGGCAGUUACAGCGACAGUGGGGUAGCAAGGGGAAAGAAACAUCGCAGCAAAUCAGGAUAUACCAGUGGAGAGAGUGGGGGAGAAAGCAGUGGCGAUCAAAGCUAUGGUGGCUAUCAGAUCAGGGGCCGUAGAUGGGUUAUAAAAGAUUAGCAUUUUGAAUGGAGAAGAGGAUCAAAUCCAAAUGGUGCAUGUAUCCAUCUAAGUAGCCUAAGAAACCAUUUUCAUCUCAUUGGCUGGCUGUUGGUAUCCAUGUGCAGGAAUAUUUUACUUCUUCACAAGGAGAUUUAUGGUUUUAGUUAUGAUUUUUCUUCUUGUGAAGAGUUUCACAUCAAGUGCUGAGGUAUGAUGUGCCCUGGGUAGAUUGGGUUUUUAAAAAGAUGUAGUAGUUUCCAUAAGACUUGCUUGGCUGUGAAAACCAGCUUCAUGACUAAGAUAACCUUUCUUGCACUGCCCAAUGUCCAUACGCAAAUUGUUGUAUGCUGUAUACUGUAUUUGCUACCGAACUAUAUUGUUGCUUGAUGGAAAAUUUAUAUUCAUUGAAUUGUAGACAUUUCAGAUUAAGGUGUCUAUUCUGUUAAUGAAUUCAUCCAUCUUGAUAAACAUGACUAA